AUGAAGAUAAGGAAGGGGAAAAUCAAAACGAAUGAGAGGGACUACAAUUAUGGUGGAGGAUUCGAAAGCUACGUGUACUCCAAAGAAGUAAGCAAUGAUGUGAAAAGCUCGUUAAUCGAGGGAGAAAAACUCUCCAACAAAUUCCGAAACAGAGGAUUGACCAGGGACAAAAGAGCAACUGUGAAUACUGUGCUAGAUAAUAGAACGCUACUUAUUUUAAAAAAACUCAAAGAUAAUUUGCUAAACGAGAUAUAUGGAGUGGUCAGUUCGGGGAAGGAAGCCUACGUGUUCAAUUCGCAUAAGUACCUGAGUGAGGAGGAGCUCAGGGGAGUCAAGGAGUUGCUGCGCAGGCGGAGACAUAGGGGGCGCGACGAUCAGAAUAGCGACGAUCAGAAUAGCGAUAAUCAACAUAGCGAUAAUCAACAUAGCGAUAAUCAACAUAGCGAUAAUCAACAUAGCGAUAAUCAACAUAGCGAUAAUCAACGUAACGAUGAUCAACAUAGCGAUGAUCAACAUAACGAUGAUCAACAUAGCGACGAUCAGAAUAGCGAUAAUCAACAUAGCGAUGAUCAACAUAGUGACAAUCAACACGACGCAGGUCUCCCUGAGGGGGGCGGCACGCGCAGGCGCGUCCGCUUCGCGCACGAAAGCCUGUACAAGGUGUACCACCUGAGCAGACACGUCGAUGAAGUGGGGGCAGAAAAAAGGGAAGAAAGGGAAGAAGCACAGGAGGAGAACGAUGCGAAGGAUGCGGAAGAAGACGAAGCGGAGGAAGAGGACGAAGCGGAGGAAGAAGACGAAGCGGAGGAAGAAAACGCAGCGGAGGAAAAAAACGCAGCGGAGGAAGAAAACGCAGCGGAGGAAAAAAACGCAGCGGAGGAAGAAAACGCAGCGAAGGAAAAAAAAGCAGCGGAAGAGGAAGGCGGCCCGAACCUGCGGGGCGUGCUGGACGAGACCUACGACAUAAUUGACAAAAUGAGCGAAAUGGGCGCCGAGGUGGAUGAGCACAACUGGGACCCUUUCCAAAACAAGAAGGUAGCCAUAUCUUUUGCAACGAAGGUUUACAAUACAUCCGUGCUGGUGUUUAAGAAGAGGUCCCAAUACAUCGAAGGAGAGUUCCGAUUCAGAAAUGCCUACACCAAAAAUACCAACCCAAGGAAAAUGGUCAAGCAGUGGUCAGAAAAAGAGUUCCGAAAUUUAAGACGAAUAUUAAUAUGUGGAUUGAGAUGUCCCUAUCCUUUGGUCUUAAAAAGUAACGUCAUUGUGAUGAGUAUGUUAGGUAGCCUAGACACUGCUUGCCCAAAAAUGAAGGACCUAAUUUUGAGUCCCUUAAAAUGGAAAGAGCUAUACAUUGAAUGUAUAUGCAUUUUGAGACAACUUUUUUGCAGAUGUAAACUUGUACAUGCAGAUUUUUCAGAAUAUAAUUUGCUUUACUUUUAUAACCAUAUCUACAUCAUCGAUGUGUCUCAGUCCAUGGAGCAUGACCACCCCUACUCCCUGGAGUUCCUAAAGAGAGAUUGCGUAAACAUCACCAAUUUUUUUAAGAAGAAAAUCGGCACCCUUCAAAAUGAUAUGCAAGAGAGCGUUGGUCAGCUGAACGGGAUGCUGCAAGGAGCCAAGAUUGACCAGGAGGUCGCGUUAAAGAGUCGCUGCGGGGGGAGAGGCGAGGACGCUUCGGAAAUCACGAACGGUGCGAAUUACACCAACUGUGAGAAUGGCCCCCCACAGGACAACGGCGAGAACCCAAGGGACGGCAAGUCAAGCGAACCCUUCUACAGCCAUGUGCAGAUUCUCCCACUGAAAAAGCUGUUCGAUUACAUCGUUUCUUCCAGCCUACCCCAAGACGUUACCUACUUCCUAGAAAGGGACAAAAAGGAAAUACGCAUGGACCCGUCCGAAAUAACGUACCUUCAAAUUUUUGGCCUAAUAAAAAACACCACCCCAAUACCUAAGCUGAAUUUAAGGAAUAUAAAAAAAAAUAGAACAUACUUCGAAAAGCUAAAAAGAGCCACAGAAUCAGUCCCAUAUAAAAAACAUGCCGAUAGAAGCCAAGUAGAAGAACAGAUUUUCCUAAGUUCGUGGAUCCCAUCACAUUUGAACGAAAUAAAAGAUGUCAGAACAAUUGAAAAGGAUCUGAAGCUUUUGAAAAAAGGAAAAUCCAUGGUCAGCAAUUUUAUUUCGAAUAAUUAUCACACAGAGCGUUCUAAGCAUGCCCAAAAAAAUAACACCUUCGUGGAGCAUAACAGUUUAGAAGGAGAGAAUCAUUCUGAUGCAGUCACCGGAGCGAAGAACCACAGAACCAACGGUGAUUGUACAGUACAUGCGCAAAAGGAAGAAAUGACUGAAAGUUUUACCAGGACGUAUGCACAGAAGGAAGAUUCAAACGAUGAGGACAAUGAGGGAGACCCUUACGAACAGGGUAAGGAGACCCAUAAAAACGGUGAACACGAAGUGUUGGAUGAGUUAAGCGACAAAAGGUCUCCCAAGUCGCUUGAAAAAGUGGCACCUUCGAAGAAUUCACUCGAUGCAAACAAAUCAGACGCAGCCUAUGACGAAAACAAUUUUGUGAGCAGCGAACAAGAGGAGGAAGUCAAGUUUAAGGGAAUAAUUCCCGAGGGAGUAACGAGAAAGGAGUGGAGCAAAUUAGUGAAAGAACAAAACAGAGAGAAAAGAAAGCACAAAAUUCCAAAAUACCAGAAAAAAAAGAAGAAAAAAAAAGCCCACUUGAAAAAAAAAUGA